AUGCCCAGGCUCACGGAUGAACAAUGGCUUAAAUCCCUUAAUGCGCUCCGAGGCAUCACGUCUUGUUUCUCUCACGUGGAAGCUCACAAGAAGGUUGUCUAUAGGUGGUACCUUACCCCACACCGGUUGAACAAAAUAUACUGUACUGUAAACCCUAAGUGCUGGAGAUGCGGUACUCAUGACGGACAUAUGACCCACAUAUGGUGGGAGUGCGAGGCGAUCAAACCCCUCUGGACACAAGUGCAAGCAUUGCUGAAUACUAUAGCAAAUGAAACACACCUCCUCUCACCGAUGAUAGCUCUCUUGUUGCUGUUCCCAGAUACGUGGAGGCUGGAAACCAGGAAAAUUGCCUCCCUGAUCAUCUUAGCGGCCAGGAACCUUUUGGCACUUCACUGGAAAGAUACUUAUUGCCCGACCAACAAGGAGCUAAUAGACAAAGUAUACCAAUAUUACCAAUAUGAAGUACUCUCCUCCGACUCCUACGUGAAGACAAGGAAACUAGAGGAACUCUGGAAACCGUGGCUUGCCCUUAACUACCACCGAAAAUCUAAAGGACGAGGCGUGGUUCAUGACUGA